AUGUCACGACCUCAUCCAUCACACGCCCCAGGCAGCUUCUCCCCAUUCCCGGGUGCUUCCUUGUCCAGCACAAACGACAGCAGCAACCGCCACGACAGCGACGACAGCGACGACGACGGCGGGCCUCCACUUCUGCCGGCCAAAUCCCCCCAUCGCCAGCUCGAAACCCCCGACAUCGAUGACUUCUUGGAUGCGCCUUCGAUAGCCGUCGCCAAGACCCGCCUGCAGGCACAGGCGCAGGCACAAGCAGUGGCUCAGGUUGGGGCUGCCGCCGCCGCCCCGAUAUACGCCCAGUUCACCACCCAGUCCAACGCGAGCACGUCGACCGUCCACAGCUUCUCCCGCCCGACCGGUGCGAGGGUGGCCACCCACCACGGCUCCGCCGCACCGUCCGCCAUGAAGAACAACGCGAGGAAGUACUCGGCGCACCCGGGCCUGUUUGAGCCCUCGCUGCCGUCUACGAGCACCUCGAACCUGUCGCAGGUGGGCCUGAGCCAGACACCGGGUUCUACAACGGUGCUCUCUGCGAGCCAGAUUGCGGCCCAGGCGGCUGUGAUAUCGCACCAGAACAGCCAGCAACAGCUGCAGCAACAACAACAGCAACAACAGCAGCAGCAUCAGCACCUGCAACUGCAGCAUGUACGGCACCGGUCUCAGACCGUCCCCUUUCCCGGGGAAUCUAAUGACGGGUCUAGAAGGGGAAGCGGUAGCAAGGGCCCGGCGAACCCUCCUAUGUUGAGCCUGACAGAGGCCAGCGCACCGCGAGAUACUGGAUUUGGGGGAGUAGGUGGACAUCCUCAUCAGAGCGACAGACUGGCCAAUUCCAACCACGCCUCUUCUGCUGCUGCCACGGCCGCCGCCAAUAUCGUCUUCCCUCGCUCUGGCCAUACCUCGCCAAACCAUCCUCCUGGCUACCAACACCAGUUCCCCUCGGCACCAUCAAUGCCUCCUCCCCCACCCCCGCCGCCUCCGGAGAAACUGAGCAAGUCUGAAAAAGCAAAGGCCAAGCUCUUCUCUCGGCCUGGGAAGAUCAGUACCAAGGGUGAAACCAAGGAGAAGCCCCUGCCAAGCCCUGGCAAGAUCGGCUCCGCACUGUCCGCUCUUCAGCGUGGUAAUUUCAGUACAACUAGUCUCGUCGACCCGGGGAGUCAAUCUCUUUACUUCCAUAACAACUCCUCCGCGGCAACGAUCAGGCCGGGCGACAUGUCAUUGGAAGGCGGAGGCAAGGAGAAGGAGAAGAGGCACCAUUUCCUCACGCGGCAGAAGAACAAGCUCAAGGAAGAGUUCAAUCUGCCCCUUUCGUCCGCCGCCAGCAACUCGCGGCCAACAGACCCCAACGCGCCAAACAGCCUGUAUAACUUCAAUGUCCCUCCGAGUCCAGGCCCAAGCUCCACCAGCUUCACCAAGACUAAAAAAGACAAGAAGCAUGCCGAGAGAUCAGACAGUCGCAUGGGAGAGGAUUCCAGUUUCCCUGGUCAGAGCGAGUGGCCAGGACCCAGUAGCUUGCCCAACGUGUCUCAACAGUCAACCAUGUACGACCCAGUUGAUCCUGGAAAGCUCGGCUUACAGAAUCACAUGUCACUAGAUGAUGCUUGGCCAUACCUCAAGGCGAAGCUCCUGAUGAUAUUUGAAGGGGAAGAUCUGCGUCUCCCUGUUGAAGACUUCAAUAGAGUGGUGCAGAUGCAUAUUCAGUUCUGCAUCCGCAGACGUACCCCCAACGACAUGUUGGAGGACCUGCGAGACCUGUUGGCUAUGGGAUUCUCAUCUCUGGAUCGAACCCUGCGGAAGACUUCUGAGGAUCGCUUCAUCCCUACCCUUGUUGAGCUCUGGCUCUUCACUUUUACAUCUAUUCUGCCAUAUAUCCAGGCGGUUUUCUUACCACUAGAUCUAGAGGUGUCAGGUUGCGGGACGAUCAUGACCCCUGAGCAGGCCCGGGAUUUCUGGGGAGGCGUCAAGACGGACGCAUCAGCCAGAGUAAGCCCUGCAUCUACGGUGCUGGAUGUCAGGCGUCUCGUUCUCACUGCCUACCGUGACAUCGUCAUUCUUCCACGCUACGACACCCUCAAGACCAUCUUUUCUCGGCUCUCCCUGGAAUUCCUUCCCUCGUCACUCGGGAGCAUGGCGCUCUCCUCCUCCAACCCAGAGGCAUUCCUCUCAACCUCCCCGUCGGACUCGUUCUUCUCCAUGGCCCGUCCAGGCACCGCCAUGUCGCUCGACCCGUCACAGGGCUCCUACAACUCGACCAGCACCACCCUCCUGGGCGAAGGCUCUGGUGGCUCGGCUGGUGGGCGCAGCAGAGCCAUCAGCAACGUGAGCUACGGGAGCCACGGGAGCGACGGCCUCAUGCGGCCCUUCACGCCGUCUAGUGCGCAGGUGCUGGGCAGCGUGCGUGAACAGAACGUGGAGGACUCGAAGCAGGUCACCGACAUGGUGGGGCGUAUGCUGCAGUGCAUGAGCGUCCUGUCGAGCUUGGGGGAAGUGGGAGACGCAGACGACGAGAGGAAUAGGAAGAUUGUCGAGCUGUGCAAAAUGCUGAAGCUCAACUGGCUGGGUAGGGGGAGGACGGGUCGGAACAGGAUGGGAAUCGUUGGGGGAAGGGUGAGGAGAGAAGGGACCAGGGAAGAGUUGCGGGUGGCUUAG